GCUACAGAUAGAGGCACAUGAGGGUCAACUGGAAAAGGCAGACAAUGAGGGAAUUCAGCAUGAUGGAGAAAAUAGAAGUGCUGACACUCACACUUGUCCUGCUGUGCACUGUCUCUGGAUUUUCACAGAGACUGACUUUCGCUCAGAUAGACGGAUGGAACAGCCAUGACCAGUCUGACUUGAGAAAUAAGGAGCUUAGCGAUGUUUUUACAUCUGCAGAGAUGAGAAAAAAUGGCACAGAAAAUAUUUCUGAGGAAUCCACUCAAAUGACAAAAACUGAGGAACAGAGGGGUGAAAGGAAUACCUCAGAGAGGAACCCUACUAGAGAGCUUGUCGAGAAAGUAAAGACUGUGAUGGAAAGAAGGGGAGAUGGACUGACUUCACAGAUAGAAACAGAAAUGGAGGAAAACACAGAGCGUGAAACGACCACAGCUGGCAGCAUAGAAGGACUCUUUGUAAAGAAAAGCGAUGAAGGCUACACCCCUGAGAAAUUUCUCACAAGUAGUCUUUUACAAGAAGGAAGAAAAAGAAAGAUCUACUCUGUACCAGACACAGCUGAAUAUGUAGAUACAGAUAAAGAGGUUGCAUCAAAAAUGAGAGAAAAUGGACCGAGUUUGGACCCUGCCUCAAAGACAGAGACACACAAUGAGAGCAGGAGACUGACGCGUACUGGGAAAAAAUGGAAAAUAGAUCAUGAUCACGAUGCAGUGAUACCAGAGGAAGCGAAUCACAACAGGAUAGAUGUGAAAGUGAAGAGAAGUGAUCAAAUAGAGAGGCUGAAACAAAAAAUGGUUGAAGAGGAGCAAGAAGGAGAGCUAGUUGCAGGGAUCAGUCAUCAGGAGAAGAGAAGAGCGGCACAAACUAUAAAAGAAAUAGGAGACAAGGAGAAGGGCGCAAAAAAGAGUGAGGACAUAGCCCAUGCAGUCUAUAAGGAAUUAAUAGAAAAAGAAGAUCAGUCGAUGGGCAAAUACCGAAAUGUUGAACUGAUGGAGAAUUACACCAAACUUACAGGGAAGCAAAAUAAAGCAUCUUCUCCGCAACCACAGCUGAACAAACCUUCAGACAAACCACAGCUCGGAACUGCCAAAACACCUUCACCGAGGCCAGUGAAAAACAACAAGCAAAGCAAAAAUAAGACCAUCAAGAAGUCCAAGGAAAAGAGAAGGAAGAAGAACAAUAAAACCCAAAAGCCACCAAAGAAGAAGAAAGAAAUCUUCCCACCAAUGCAGUUUCCUUACUUUAUGGACAACUAUUGUCCAAUUGAGUGUGCCUGCUAUGGAAGAGUGGUCCAGUGCUCAGACAAAGGUGUGGAUAAGGUUCCUUAUGGUAUCCCCUAUAAUUCCCGCUACAUCCUCCUUAUGAAUAACUACAUCAACAGCAUCCAGCUGGACCUGCUAAAUCAAUAUGAUUCUAUGGAGUUCCUUGUACUAAGCAACAAUCGUCUCACAGAUGGUUCCAUUGAGGGAGCUUUUGAAGGGGUCCCAGCUCUGAAACGCCUCUACUUGGAUAGGAAUCUCUUACAAAGGGUGCCAGCAGACCUUCCAGCUUCUCUGGAGGAGCUUCGUCUGGACAACAACCGCCUGACCGUGAUGUCGAAGGCAGCCUGGGCAUGGUGCCCUGGCCUCUUGGUUCUGAGCCUCAGCAACAACAGCCUUUGGAAUAAUUCAGUUCCUAAUGGCGUGCUCUCCCCUCUAGGGAACCUGCGCACUCUAAACCUGGAUCACAACAUGUUGAUCUCAGUACCUCUGGGGUUACCAUUGUCAAUCAAAGAGCUCUAUCUUAAGGGUAACCUCCUUGAGAGUUUUGGCCGAGGAGCUUUCAACGGGAAAUCAGGGUUGGUGGUGUUGGACCUGAGUGAAAACAGACUGACAAACAAAGGGCUAGAUAGGGAUUCCUUCCUCAAUACAACAUUCUUGGAAAGCAUCAACUUAGAGGGGAACAGACUAAAACAGGUGCCACAACACCUUCCUCUAUCUGUUAAAACUCUAAAUUUGGAGGGAAACUUCAUAUCCUCCAUAAAGAAAUCAGCUUUCAGAAGUUUGAAAAAGCUAGAGCACCUAGGCUUAGCAUGGAAUAAAAUCUUUAAAGUGACAACAGGUGCAUUCAGGAUGCUGCCCGUACUGCACCAGUUAGACCUGAGUCACAACACACUGAAACAGGUGCCCAGACAGUUACCUAAGGGUUUGCACUCAGUAGCACUCAAGCACAACAAGAUUCGGUCAGUGCCGCGUGAUGCUUUCUGCUGGGGCAAUAAUACUCUCAGCGGACUUGUGAAAGUGCAGUUGGAGCACAAUAUCAUUGAUAUGGCAAAGCUGGAUGCACAUGCCUUCAGAUGCUUACGGGGCUUCCAGGUGGUGCACUUCUAUUGA